UGAUGAUGGAGGUUCUAUGCAAACUCCUGGUGGUUUGCUCGCUACUUUUUAGCGCCCAAGCUUUUACUGCUGCUGAACCGAAUACGAACUCCGUGUCCAAUGGCUUCGGCUGGGAGCAUUUGUUGUUCGAUGCCAUCACUGGCAAUCUAGAGCUGACCAAUGUAACUCAAUUGGAUGUUUGUACGGAAAUUUAUACUUUGAAGAACAUUGAGAUAUUGCUCACUGCCGGCUGGGAGAUUCGUCGAUGCGGCCGCAUUGAUGAAGGCCUCUUCCGCCGAUAUCUGAAGCAUAGAAAUGCCCUUGCUGAGAAAGAGAAAUUCCAGUAUGAGCUGCUCAACUGUGCGCGAAGUGAAGUUUCCCACCGCAGUGCCCAUGACUGUUAUGCAGAUUGGGUAAUGACCUUGUUGGGUUCAGUGCGACCAGUGCAACGAGACUAUUGGCAAAAACGACAAUGCGUUGUGAGAGAAUUGGAAAAAACGAUAUCCCGUCUGGCCAGUGCAUCAGAGAGUUUGGCUAAUUGUCUUGCCGGAGCAGACCCACCAGCACCUUUGCCGCCUCAGAACUCUACCAUUGCUCCCCCAAGUUGGAACACCACCGAAGGUCCUUGGUGGAAUAACUCCACGGCCUCCCCUCCCCAAUGGAACACCACAGCAUUACCUCCCCAAUUGAACACCACAACCGAUCGUCCUUGGUGGAACAACUCGACUGAAGGUCCUUGGUGGAAUAACUCCACGGCCUCUCCUCCCCAAUGGAACACCACAGCAUUACCUCCCCAAUUGAACACCACAACCGAUCGUCCUUGGUGGAACAAUUCUACUGAAGGUCCUUGGUGGAAUAACUCCACGGCCUCUCCUCCCCAAUGGAACACCACAGCAUUACCUCCCCAAUUGAACACCACAACCGAUCGUCCUUGGUGGAACAAUUCUACUGAAGGUCCUUGGUGGAAUAACUCCACGGCCUCUCCUCCCCAAUGGAACACCACAGCAUUACCUCCCCAAUUGAACACCACAACCGAUCGUCCUUGGUGGAACAAUUCUACUGAAGGUCCUUGGUGGAAUAACUCCACGGCCUCUCCUCCCCAAUGGAACACCACAGCAUUACCUCCCCAAUUGAACACCACAACCGAUCGUCCUUGGUGGAACAAUUCUACCGAAGGUCCUUGGUGGAAUAACUCCACGGCCUCUCCUCCCCAAUGGAACACCACAGCAUUACCUCCCCAAUUGAACACUACAACCGAUCGUCCUUGGUGGAACAAUUCUACUGAAGGUCCUUGGUGGAAUAACUCCACGGCCUCUCCUCCCCAAUGGAACACCACAGCAUUACCUCCCCAAUUGAACACCACAACCGAUCGUCCUUGGUGGAACAAUUCUACCGAAGGUCCUUGGUGGAAUAACUCCACGGCCUCUCCUCCCCAAUUGAACACUACUUUACCCCAGUUGAAUACGACUACCGAUCGUCCUUGGUGGAACAAUUCUACCGAAGGUCCUUGGUGGAAUAACUCCACGGCAUAUCCUCCCCAAUGGAACACCACCACCGAUCGUCCUUGGUGGAACAAUUCUACCGAAGGUCCUUGGUGGAAUAACUCUACGGCAUCUCCUCCACAAUUGAACACCACCACCGAUCGCCCCUGGUGGAACAAUUCUACCGAAGGUCCUUGGUGGAAUAACUCCACGGCCUCUCCUCCCCAAUGGAACACCACAGCAUUACCUCCCCAAUUGAACACCACAACCGAUCGUCCUUGGUGGAACAAUUCUACCGAAGGUCCUUGGUGGAAUAACUCCACGGCCUCUCCUCCCCAAUUGAACACCACCACCGAUCGUCCUUGGUGGAACAAUUCUACCGAAGGUCCUUGGUGGAAUAACUCCACGGCAUCUCCUCCCCAAUUGAACACCACCGCAUCUCCUCCCCAAUGGAACACCACAACAGAUCGUCCUUGGUGGAACAAUUCUACCGAAGGUCCUUGGUGGAAUAACUCCACGGCAUCUCCUCCCCAAUUGAACACUACUUUGCCGCAGUUGAAUACGACUACCGAUCGUCCUUGGUGGAACAAUUCUACCGAAGGUCCGUGGUGGAAUAACAGCACUGCUUCUCCACCCUUAUGGAACACAACCACUGAUGGACCUUGGGGAAAUAAUACCUCGUCGUCUCGGCCUCAAUGGAAUACAACUACAGUGGGCCCAUGGGGAAAUAGAACUACCACUUCUGCACCCCAAGGUAACAGCACAAGUGGACCCCAAUGGAAUGUAACCACCACGGUUUCUCCACCUUCCACAACUACCCGUGGCAAUUGGCUGGAGCAACUUCUUCAUGAUUUGGGACUAUAAAGAACCAAUUAUCUCGGCACUUCGUUGAGACUUUGGCAACAGUCUAUUCGUAAAUUUUAGCAAACAAAAAGAAAUUUAUCAGCAUUAAA